GGGAAUGUGGAGCGUUGUUAUAUUGCAAGUAUUAAAAGUUUCGCCGUUAUAUGCUUUUUUAUUUGUUUUGUAACCCGGAUAUGUAUUUAUCAUCCCACCUUUUACGGCGACUUUGUAUUUUUUUCUAAAUAUUAUUAUUACAAGCUGCUGACCUCUGCUGGAGUUGAUAACCUACGUUAGCUCAAGGCUAACUGUAGUCUACAUGCUCGCCUUUCUUCUCCUUUCACGUCGUUUUUGCCGCACGCACAAUGGAGGACGAGAAAUACACUGACAUCAGUGGUAAAACCAUCUCUCUGGACUGCCAGAAACACUCCAGCUUCUGCAGUGAGUUCACUGUGAGCUCCCCUAAAGUCUCCAUCGGUAAGGUGCUGGUGUACACCUGCUGCGUGUGGCUGUUGGCUUACGUCGUGUUCUUCUUCACACAGAACACGGCUGUCCUGUCCGGUGCUAUAGUCGUCACCCUCUUGGGCAUGAUGCUGUACAUCCACUUUGUGAAGGUGGACCAUGAGUCCCUCCUGAUUAUCGGCUCUUUAGGCAUCCAGGUUUCCUCAAGUUACGCUUCAGGGCGUGAAGUCACCACCUUCAUUGAGAUGAGCAAGAUCAAAGAUAUUGUCAUCAAUGAAGCUAUUUACAUGCAUCAAAUCAUCUACUACCUUUGCGUACUCUUGAAGGACCCAUCAGAACUGAAUGCAGUGUCCAGUGUUGUGCCGUUGUUUCAGAGUUCCAAGCCGAGGCUCAACUGCUUGGUGAAAGUCCAAAGCUGUCAGGAGAUUCUGUCGAAGUGCCAAUGACACUCGCAAGUCUUGAACAAGCUUUCAUUCCUGUAACACUGGAUGUUUUAAAUCACCUAAUGUCUUCUUUUCUGUUUAUAGUUUUCAGUUAUAGUCUUUCUUUUUACACUUUUAUGAUUACCGGUGUUGUGUGAACACAACUAGUUGUAACAAAUGUAGUAACUUAAUUAAAGUUAUUUGGAUGACAGAGUGGUGUAGUGCUUAGUGUUCCUAAGUAUAGUCGUUUUUUUAGCCUUUCUCAACAUAUGUGUGUUUCAUCUGGGAACCACCAUCCCCCUGUCCAGUCCCACAUGACAUAUUGGAUAAAUCGAUGUACAAAAGGUUUAAUUACAGUCCUCAAUUAAACUGUUCAGUCAUUUAUUUCAUUUCUUACAAGUCAUCUAUAGAGAACCAAAAGAAAAAUGUCUUUACCUUUCCGACAUGUGGGCAUCUCAGUAGGUGAUAUACAGUGUAGCAUGUAGCAUUACAAACUGCUUUCUCCUGGCAGUACUUAAUGGUGAGACACACAAUUGUAUGGAAAACAUUAUUUUUUGAAAAACCAACAACAGUGUUUUGUAUUUAUUAAAAAUUGAUGUAUUUUAAUAAGGACCAAGCAUAAUAAAAUAUAUUUAGUUGUGUAGCUACUUAAAUCUGAGCUCUGGUGUUAGAUUACCUGUAAAAUCCCACAAAAAUGUAACCAAAUCUGAAACAUUUAAGAAAAUGUGCCAUUAUAACUUAUUUGUAUGUCAUUGUAUUUUCAAGUAAAUGUGUUGUUUCUAUUUGGGAGGGAAAUCUGUACUGUAUUUUAUUAAAAAGUAUCAG